UCGCCCACUCCUCGAUACUCGAGUAAUAGAAUCCACGACGAGCGACUAUGACGCCGCCCCACGAGCGCACGCCGCUGCUGGCGCCGCGCCGCUCGUGCUUCCCGCAGCUGUACCGCGUGUACUUGGUGUCGUUUGUAGUCGGGAUGACGUUCAGCUUCACGCAGACGGCGUUGAUUUACUCGUUCCGCACGAUGACAUGCGACGAGUACUACAAGACGCACGAAUGGGACGGGCUGGGGGACCGGUGUGCGAUCCACGCGAUCGAGAGCGCCACGGCGCGCAGCGUCGCGCUCAUGAGCUCGAUCACGACGGGAUGCACCCUCCUCAACCUCUUCACCUCAGCAUGGUUUAUUUCCCGCUUCGGUGUCAAGGCCGCCAUGUUCCAGCAAACAUUCUGGGCGGCGCUGCGCAACCUCACCCAAAUAUAUGCGCAGACGCUCGGUGGCCGCGCCGGCAUGCUGAUCAUCACGACGACGCAGCUGUUCAACACGCUCGGCUCGGCGGGCGGCUUCCAGCUCUGCGCGAACGCCUUCGUCGCCGGCCUCUCGCCCGACGCCGAGCGUACCGCCAACUUUGGCGUUCUCGGCGGCGUGUUCAUGUUCGGCUCGGGGAUCGGAUACACCGCCGGCGGCGUGAGCGAGCGCGUGUGGGGAUACCUCGCGCCGUUCCAGGGCGCGUUCUGCCUCCUCGUCCUGUCGACGUUGUUCGGCAUAUUUUUCCUGCCGCACUUCACGCCCGAAGCGAAGACGGAGGAGCGGAGGAGCUUCCUCGCCCCGCUGCGCGUGUUCGUGCCGCGCCGGCGCGCGACGGGCGGCAGAGACUGGAACCUCACGCUCCUCGGCCUCGGCACCUUCUUCUCCGUCCUCGCCACGGGGUAUGUGCCCAUGAUGCUCCAGCUGGUCGCGACAAACGUGUUUGGCUUCACGCCCGACACGAGCGGAUACAUGCUGAGCCUGAAUCUCCUCGUCCGCGGCUUCUUCCUCACCCAAUGUUUCCCGCACAUGAUUACGGCGGGGCGGCGCUGGCUCUCUCCCACGCCUACGACGACCGCGAAAGCGCCUGUCGACUCACCGUCGCCGUCGUCGUCGUCGUCCUCCUCAUCCCCAUCCAAAACACCAUCACCCGGAAUGCUCUCCUCCCCCACACUCCCAACACCGCCCUCUCCCGCCUCGCCCACCAAGUUGUCCCGCACCUCCCAUAGUCCCGGGAGCAAGUCGCGGCGCCCUUCACUCCCGAACCUCCCCGCCCCGCCCAUCCCAAACAUCCCACGGCGCCGCUCGCGCUCGCGGCGCAACUCGGCCUCUCCUUCGGCUUCGGCUUCGCCGGCCGCGUCCUCGUUCCUCGCGCCGGCCCCCGAACACCCGUUCGACGCGGACGGCGCCGAGCUCCCCGACGCCGCGGGCGCGCCGGUACUCGACCUCGCGCCGCCGCCCUCGCCCGGCGCACCGCUCUUCGACCUCCUCUUCCUCCGCUACUCGAUCCUCCUCGACGGCCUGCUUACCGGCGCGGUGACGCUCGCGAGCGCGCCGUGGCACAUGUAUGCGGCCGCGGGCGUGCUGCCCUUCGCGAGCGGGACGGGGCCCGCGAGCAAGGGCGUCACGCUCGAGUUCGUGCCGAGCCACGAGCGCGCGCAUGCCCUCAGCGCCAUUGCGCUCGUGGAGAAGCUCGCGCAGGUCACGACGAUUGGCGUGUUUGGGUAUGCGUUUUCCGCGUUGAGCGACGCGGGGCUGCCGACGCUCGUCUUCGCCGCGAAUGGCGCGGUCGCGUGGUGCGGGUUUGCGUUGCUCCUCCCUGUUCGGUUGCCACGGGCGGCGCCGGGGGGCGGGGUGUAG